AUGUUCGCUGAGAUAAAUCCCACAGUAGUAAAUACAACAUCAAGCACAAAAGCUUCCCAUCCAGUGAAGAGACGCAAACAAGCUACCAAGCAAGCGCAAACAUGGUAUUGCUUCCUCUGUAAGAAAGACAGAGUAGCAGACAUGAGGCUCUGCAAAUGUUGUGGUGUUUAUGUACAUGAAGAGUGUGUUGGAUUAACAGCAGAAGAUAAAGAAAGAUACAUGUGUCCAAAAUCUAUAAACCGAUAUAACAAGUUGUUUUCCGGCGGCUUGGGGCGGUUCGCGGGCGGCAAGGCGACGCUGCGAGUCCGGGAAGGGGCGACACCGGUGUUCUGCCGCGCACGACCUUUGCCCUACGCGCUCAAGGACCGCGUGGAUGCUGAGCUGGAUGCGAUGCUUCGGGAGGGGGUUAUUGAACCCGUGGAGAGCUCUGACUGGGCUACACCUCUGGUGCCGCGUUGGGCGAUUACGGUAUCCGCUUACUCUUAUGACAUAGAGUACGUUAGUAGUAAACAGAACUGUGCGGAUGGCUUAUCUCGUCUACCGGUAUCGGUUCAAUCCACAAAGAAAGAAUGUUUAGAUUUACCUGAACAAACGUAUUUACAUUUCGCUCAAAGUGAAAUGUUACUAGAUUAUAAUGAAAUUAAAAAACAAACCCAGCGCGAUCCGAUUUUAGGUAGAAUUAUACUAUACUUAAGAGAAGAUUGGCCCAUCGAUAAUGAGGUCAAAUCAUUGCAACCGUAUUUUAACCGAAAAAAGGAACUAUACGAAGAACUAGGGUGUAUCAUGUGGGGUCAUAGAGUAGUCAUACCGGAGAAUUGCAGGGGUAGGGUGUUAAACGAACUCCACGAAUGCCACAUGGGAAUCGUCAAAACGAAGGCGGUAGCUCGAAGCUAUGUGUGGUGGCCGGGGAUCGAUGAGGCAAUCGAAACGAUGUGUCGAGCGUGCGUCGUGUGUGCGGCCGAGGCGGACGCGCCCCAACGGCACACUCCAAGCCCGUGGCCAUGGCCGGCUAAGCCUUGGUCUCGUAUACACAUAGAUUUUUUAGGGCCAAUUUUCAAUAAAAUUUACUUGGUAAUAAUUGAUGCCAGAACUAAAUGGCUAGAGGUUUUUUAUGUACCGAGUACAGCAGCUAGCCACACUAUAGUUAAACUUUCCGAAGUUUUUGCUAGGUGGGGUCUACCUAAACAAUUAGUAUCAGACAAUGGGCCGCCAUUUAUCAGUAGGGAAUUUUCUCAGUUUUUAACAAAUAAUGGGAUACAGCAUGUUUUCACCGCACCGUACCACCCGGCUUCAAACGGUGCCGCGGAAAACGCAGUCCGCACUGUCAAGAAAGUUAUUAAAAAGGCAGUGAGGGAAAAUAAAGAUAUAAAUUUAUUUUUAAACACUUUCCUAUUGCAUUAUCGAAAUACCGAACAUUGUACUACGGGCGAAAGUCCCGCUUCUCUCAUGUUAGGAAGAAGAUUACGUACUAAACUAGACGUACUUAGACCGGAUAUUGAGAAUAAAAUUAUUAAAACUCAAAUAAACCAGAAAGAGAACGCUCCCACUGGUGAACGUGGCCUGCAGCCGGGUGAGGAUGUAUGGCUUCGCCGAUAUCAGGGGAGUGACAAGUGGACAGCCGGACAAGUGACGCAACGUUUGGGCGUAACGGACUACAAAGUUUUAGACACUAUAGGUAAGGAGUCACAUAAGCAUAUAGACCAGCUAAAACGUAGAAUUAGGAGUUCACUGAUUUGUCCCCGUAGUAGUAAUAGUCAGCCAAAUUCGAGUUCCGAGUCGUUGUCUUGCACCGGUGCAGAGGAAAUUAAUGCGCCUAGAAUAAACCCUGCCGUAAAAGACACCGGGAGGAAAUCAAAAGCACCGGAGGGAACCGAAAUAAUAGAUAAGAGUGAUUGCUUAGAUACGGCAAGGGAAACGUCAACACUUCGUGCUCCAUCAGCUCAUACGUCGCCUGUGCCGCCCGCAACGCCGCCCCAGGUCUUCCGGCCGGUACGCAAGUGCCGUUUGGAUAACCCCCCAAGCUAUAAAGAGUAG